AGGAUGUUGGGUUGUUGCACGCAGGCCAUUCGACUUCCGUUGCAACAAGCAUCAUGGCGGCGUCCAGGGAGUCCACGCUUGGCAAGUCCACGGCUGGGGACGAGGAGCAGUGGGGAGGGCCGAAAGCAAAGCGGCGACGAGAGAAGAGACUGAUCGUCCUGCUGGAGGGAGCCUGUCUGGAGACUGUGCGGGUGGGGAAGACGUAUGAACUUCUCAACUGCGAUCAACACAAAUCUCUGCUGAUAAAGAAUGGGAGAGACCCGGGACAGGUUCGACCGGACAUUACACACCAGAGUUUACUGAUGCUCCUUGACAGUCCUCUGAAUCGGGCCGGGCUGCUGCAGGUUUAUAUUCACACUCACAGGAAUGUUCUGAUCGAGGUUAAUCCCCAGACACGAAUACCCCGAACCUUCCCCAGAUUCUGUGGCCUGAUGGUUCAGUUACUGCACAAGUUGAGCGUCAGAGCUGCUGAUGGUCCCCAAAAACUUCUCAAGGUCAUUAAGAAUCCCUUGACGGAUCACCUCCCUGUAGGCUGUGUUAAGAUGGCUUUGUCCUUCUCGGGAGAGAGCGCCCCCUGUGUGAGAGACCUGGUACCUGCCUGUGAACCUGUGCUGUUUGUGGUGGGAGCUUUUGCACAUGGAUCGGUCAAUGUGGAUUACACCGAGCGUUGCGUUUCCAUCAGUCAGUACCCACUCUCUGCUGCCCUCACCUGUGCCAAGCUGUGUACUGCAUUUGAGGAGGUUUGGGGGGUCCAGUGAAGAAGGCGACGGGACACUUUGCCUAUGUACAUAUCGAUCCCAGAAAUUCACCUUCAAACCAUCCGGCAUGUCCUUAUACAAAGAACUUUAUUAUUUGUGAUAAGGAGUCGUACGAGUGAUGCAAAGGGAUCGUGGGAAUUGUGGCAAUGAGGAGGAGGAGGAGGACUACAUGUAGAUCUGUGCCAGGCAAAUGGUUUCGAUUUGGCCAGUGGGACCUGGAGCUUCUAGGGAUGAGCGGUGGCUGCUCACCAAAAGACACGGAACUGGACUAGGCAAACAUCUGUCAGUUUUACACUGUUCCUCUGCCAUUAAAAUAAACAUCUUUCAUACUUA